GCUGUGUGUUGGUAUUGACCCCGGAAGUAAGUUAAAAACUUUGCGAGAAUCUAUCACUGCAAGAUGGCGACAAUGCCGUUGUGCUCGUGAUACCAGUCGAAGUUGGAGUAACUUUCAUCAAUUUAUUCUGGUUGUUGUUCAUGAAACAAAGCUUUUUCAUUCCAGAAAUUUAUUGGAAUAUUAUUUGUCAACAUGGCAUCGGACAAGAAGCAGGAGCGGCAGAUACAGCAGGAGCUGGAAACGAGGAUAAAAGAUAUAAGACACCAUCUAAGCGAGCAGUUGAAAUCCUUAGACAACCGAGCUGAGAAUCAGAGAGAACUUAUCACAGAUUACCAGGAGUACUUUAGACAAAGGUCAGAGAUCGAGACACAGUAUGCCAAAGAUCUUGAAAAGCUACACGAUCGCACCGUUCGGAAACAAAGGCAAUCACAAUCACAACGAGAGAAAGAUGUGGUCCCUCCUGGUCCAUCAAAAUGUUGGAAUCUCAUAUUGGAUAUAACUAAGAAUCACCAUAGGCAACACACAACAUUAAGUCAAGUCUUCUCCUACAACAUGGCCAUGAAGUUUGGAUUAAUGCGAGAUGAACUGGACAAUGUGUAUAGGAAGAGUCGAGAGAUGACGGUCGAGGUGCACAACGAGAUUCUGAGAGUACUCAAUGAGCUAUUUGCUGAAACCAAGUCUUACCAUACAGCACAUGCCACGUACAAGACGUCAGAUGACAAGCUACAACAAAUACAAAGUGACCUUGAGAAGGCCAGGAAAAAGGGCAGGAGAAUCAAGGAACAUGAAAGAAAUUUCGACAAGGGUAAUCAAAAACUGCAGAAUGCACAGGUGAAAGCAGCGAGAGCCAGGAAUGACUACCUGCUUGUUAUCUCGGCUGCUAACGCCACUAUACAGAAGUACUUUGGACCAAACGUCACUGAGCUCAUUGACUGUUUAGACCUGGGCUACGUGAGGAAGACCCAGAAGAUGUUGUAUGCCUUCCAGACCUCCUUGAACCAGGUGGCGAAGCUCCAGCAGGAGGACCUCCACCGAUUGGAGCUCAACGUUCGUAACAUGAAUGCCACGAAAGACAAGGAGGCUUUCCUGGAGACUCACAAGGCGGCCUUCGCCUCUCCCGAUACAUUCCAAUUCCAUCCACACGGAGGAGAUAAUGUGAUCUCAAUGACUGCGGACCUGUACCCUCUGUCUGAUGAACUGAAAUCAAAGUACAACACUCUCGGAGAGCGCAUCAGCCAGUUAGAAGUAGACACCAAUGAGAUCAAUAAGACACUGAAGGAGAUGCAAGUCAACUGGGAUGAGGAUAGCACGAACCAGAAUGAAGAGGAGGUACAGGCGCAAUUCAAAACCCUCAGGAUACACGACUCCACCACAGAACUAUCAAGAGCGCCCUCUAUGAGACGAAUCAAAGCAACCCAAGAGAAAGAACUCUUCUAUCUCGGGAAAUUCAAGGAGCAGCUGGAGAAGGGCAAUGCCUUAGCGAGAAUGAAAUCUAGGAGGGAUAUCAUCAAGGACGCGUUAGGAUCAGCUGGAGAUUCCAGAGGACACAUCAGUACAAGACCCAACAACCAUGUCCACAAGAAUGAAGGGAGGCUGACAGAGCGUCCAGGUUCAGUCUACAUGCCUUUGUUUGGAGCCGACCUUCAGAGCUAUCUGGAAUCCGGACAUUAUGAAAUCCCACCCAUUGUCCUUAGUUGUAUAGAUUUCAUCUCGGUCUUUGGUCUCAAGCAUCAUGGUAUCUUCCGUCUCCCUGGUUCACAUCUAGAGAUCAACGAUAUGAAGGAGCAGUUUGAACAAGGCAAGGAUCCUGUCUAUGGUCUUGGAGAUCUUGGUGAUACAAAUGUGGUUGCUAGUGUCCUCAAGGCGUACUUCAGAGAGCUUCCAGAACCACUCUUCCCUAUCGUUCUAUUCGAUGACUUCAUGGAAUGCAUCAAACUACCCUGCGGGAAGGAGAGAAUAGAUAUGUUAGCAGAGCUGAUUUCUAAGGUGCCAGUCCCAGUCAUGGUUAUCAUGAGAUAUCUCUUUGCGUUCCUAAAAAGCCUAUCUCAGUACAGCGACGAGCACAUGAUGGACUCUCACAACCUGGCCUUGUGUUUUGGGCCGACCCUGAUACGACCUCCUGCGGGCUACGAUGAGGUGUACUACCAGGCCAACAUCAACGACCUGGUCGACACCAUGAUCCUCUUCCAGAAUGAGAUCUUUCCGACCGAGCCUGGUCCACGUUACCGGAGUGGCAACAAUGCUGAUAUCAGCCCCACAGGAAGCUUAGAGACCAUUCCCGAGUCAGUUGCUGAUGAAACAGAUAAUGAUAUGCCUCUCUUAGCUACAGCCAAGGAAGAUUACAUAGGGAAAUCCCCUGAUGAGCUCACUUUUACCAGGGGGGAUUCCCUAAAGCUCUAUGUAAGGGUGGAUGACCAGUGGUGGAAGGGUGCUCUAGGUGAUCAGCACGGCCUUGUUCAGCAAUCAUAUAUCAACCUACAAGAUAUGGAUAGGUCAUUGCCCGGGAGUAUGGCAACCAGCACCUCCUCCUCUACAACCGCCAGCCCUGACCACAUUCGUCACCUCAGCGACGAGCUAAGGCACACCACGAUCGGUGGCGGCGACGAUACCAACAACUCUGCUUCCACGCCAGACAUUGUACGGGACGUCCCCAAAACCCAUCUCUUCCACGCCCCUGCCUCCGCCCCCUUCAGAGGUAUUCCAGUCGGCCCAUCGUCGUCCACGCCCACCACACCCACAGGGUCGUCAAGGUCAACACGCAAGCCCCCACCGGUCAAACCAAGACCGUACCGUCCCCAAACAUCUUUCAAUACCAGGAAUCAAUCGCCAGAGAAAUCACAAACUCUUUAGUAAUCUAGUGUCAGUUUUAAGUCAAUACAGUCAAGUUAUUUAUCAUGCCAUUCUUUCUCUUAAAGCCCCACUGUCCUACUUGUAGCUACUUGCUCCCUCUAUAUAGAGACAAUGCCUAAUCGGUGCCCGUCGGUCCACCAUGAUCCUCU